AUGGCUUCGGCGGCUUUGGCAGUCCCAGACCCGGAUGCGCGGCCAAGCAGCGCAGCCAGGACUGGAAUGCCUCGUCUGGCGCGGCCUCAUAGUGCGGCCUCACCUGGCCGGGCAAGAACUUCAAGUGCCGUUCGGCAAAGUGCAAGACCUCAAAGUGUCGUUCGCGGGUCAGCUCGAUCUGGAACCAGUGCGGCCGUUGCAGCGAAAACAUUGUACCCAAUUCCGGGCGAUGUAGGGUAUUAUCAGCGUGCUGAUGUGAAAGGCAGGAUAAAAAAGCCGAAGUUAGACAAAGACAUGGCCAAGCUCAAGGACCUCUUUGCAUUUUGCGAAGACGCAAAUUUCCGGGAGGUGCGGGCAAUGGUCUCUCAUUAUCCGUAUCUGUUGGGCCUGACAGAUGCCCAUGGAUUCUCUGCGUUGCACCAUUCAGUGAUGUCUGGGGAGCCCUCGUUUAUCGCAAAGGUGCUGCAGUUGUACAGAGACCCGAAGACCUUUUCCAUUAAGAAUCUUAUCUAUGGCACCGAGGAGGAGCUGAUGCGUGAUGUGGAGAUGGGAGUCGAGGUUGUUGGCAGGAAGUCCGAGAAUCAUGUUGAGGCUACCGUGGUGUCAAUUGGCAAAGGAACCAAAGCGGAAGAGGCUGGACUGAUGCCUGGCGACCGACUUGAGGCUUGCAGUGGCACCGGUUUCCUCAGCUAUCGGCAACCGCCACCACUGUCCACAGACAUUUUGGAAGCAUUGAGGAGCAAGUAUAUCUCUACUAGCUUUGGCUUUCCCGUGACUCUCGAGUUCAGAGGGAAUGCUGCUGUCGAGAUUUUAGCGAAGGAUGGUUGGACUCCGACCCAUGGCGCUGCAGGAAGAGGUGCUCACGGAGACAAGCACAUUCUGUGGCAGCUCCUGAACGAAGAGGAGAAAGCUGGCCUGGUACAAGACAUGACGGGAUGCACGCCCGGACACUGGGCUCAGAUUGAGAAGCAGAUGAGGCAGCGAGCCAAUCGUCGCCCAUUGAGUGCUGGGCCCUGUGGAUCCGGUUGGAAGCGUCGCCCAGCGAAGAAGGCCUCGCUUCGGCCAGUGUCCAAGCUUGUUCUGGCACCACCCUCCACCGAUGCUGAGGAGAUCGUACGCUCAGCGUCGCGCUUGUCAGCGGCACCAGCACCUUGCGUAAGUCGUCCAAUGUCUCCAGCCUCUCCUGUGGCUCGAGAUGACACGAUGGGCAGUGUUGCGAUUGGCACGAGUGGAACUGGCCGUGCAGCGAGAUCAGGGAGCAUCGGAGCAACAGCAAAGGACUUGGCCAAGAUGAUGCAGCAGAGCGGCAACAAGCCAGGUCACGUCGACCUCUAG